GAAGAACCCGGGCUGCGCCUAAGCAGAGUCAUUGGUACGACCACUAUCUCAGCCACCGCUUUUGCCACUCUUCCACCAACAUGCCAGUUCGCGUACGCUGCCGGUGCAGUCGUGGUUCUGGCGGCAGUCGAUGAGAACGCACAGAUCAAGCAACGCUUCUUCAGAGCCAGGUCGCCUCUAACAGCCUCCGGCCGAGAAGGGGGCGUGCAGGCGACGCAGGCGUCUACAGGCCUAGAUUCACGUAGCCGCGUCUCAGAAGUUGUCCGCGAUCAAAAACCGACCGUGUCACCGCUAAGCGCUGCCCGGGAUUGGUCGGACUCACCUACAGGCCGAUCAAGUACUGCAAGAGAUCGCGUCAAAGCCAUCACAUCCGUCGCACUUAGCCCUAACGGCAGAUGGCUGGCGGCGGGCGAGACGGGGUACAGACCGCGAGUGCUAAUUUUUCCACUCGCAACUGACACGUCGGAACUACCGAUAACGACUCUGUCAGAGCACACUUUUGGCAUUCACGGAUUGAGUUUCAGCCAAGAUUCGCAGCAUCUCGCUUCACUGGGCACAAUAAAUGACGGCUUUCUGUACGUCUGGCGUAUUGAUGAGCGCAGUGGCAGCGCAACAUUGGCCGCCACCAACAAAUGCACUGCUCUGGUCAAUUGCAUUGCUUGGGUUGGACAAUCUAUUGUUACAGUCGGGCUGCGCUAUGUCAAAGUUUGGCAGCUGGAUGAGAUUUCAAAACCCAUUUCGCAGCCUGCCGGCUCAGGUCUUAGCCCGAUCACGCCACGACAUACACGCGAGCACAGAAGCUCGGACUUCGGCAAUAGUAUCCUUGGUCCCAAGCAUAAAGUGCUGUCAGGCAAGAACAGUCUGCUCGGAGACCUCUUGGACUGCAACUUCACCAUCCUAUUGCCUUACGGCGACAAUGAAGCUAUCGUCUGCGCCAGCACGGGCGAGAUCUGCCUUCUAGCCGAUGUAGCACAGGCUCAGGACCUUAUGUUUGCUGUAGUGGUUGACUACGACAUUGCUGCUGCAAGACUCGGUGACUCGGACACGCUUACGGUCGGUUCUGCAAGACAGCCAGAUCAAGCCUCAGGAGGACCAAUUGCUGGGGCUGUGCUCGGUAACAUUGAGGUUAAGCUGCUCGUAGACGGAACGGUUAGCAUUAACGGUGACGCCAAUGAUACACCCGCUGCAGCUGCACAGCUGACCGGACACUCUUCAGCCAUUGCUGGCGUCCAAAGUAUACGCAGCCCGGCGUAUCCCAGUGCCGCUUUCCUGACAUUUGACAUGAAUGGCAUCGUUCGAUUGUGGAAUGCACAAGCCGGCCCUGUGACAGCGUUCAACGUUCCCCUCGAUCGAUCCCAGGAUGCUUACGGUUCGAGCAAUCAGGUCGUCGCAGCGACUGUUCGAACGGAUGGCUUGCAACUCGCUGCUGGUGACAGAUACGGCACGUUGACAGUGCUUCACCUCGCUACCGAUGCGCGGGCUAUGCAUGUUCAUGUUCGCGCUCACUCCACCGAGAUUACAGAUUUAUGCGCAUUCGACCAUGCCGAUCUGCGACUGCUCGUGUCAGCAAGUCGUGAUCGGACGGUUCAGCUUUUUGCGUGGUUCGACGAUAAGCUAGAACUUCUUCAGACCUUACAAGAGCACGCAGGUGCCGUCAACGGAUUGCUAGCUACGCAGGCUGGUAGGAAGUUGCUCUCUUGCUCCGCUGACAGAUCAAUUGUAAUCCGUGAGGCAUGGCAACGGGACGAGGACGAACCUGGUUCAGUCGCCUAUGUGACGCUCCGAACGAUUGCCUUGAAGUCCGCGCCCACUUCUAUCUGCAUGUGUACAGAUGAUUCUCUAUUAGUCGCCGCCACCGAUCGCACAGUCACGAAGUAUGAUAUCAACUCAGGUCAGAGUAUCAUGAGCUUUAAGUGUACGGACAAUGAGUAUGGGGAAGCUGCGAUACUGUCGCGAAUACUCUACUCGCCAUCGCUGAACGGGUGUUCUAAGAUCAUUGGCGUGUCAAGCAGUGACAAGUCUAUCCGGCUCUACAGCGACUCAGGCUCGCUCAUUGCAAGGGACUGGGGUCAUACCGAAGGCAUCACGGACUGUGCGCUGGUGUCCAUGUCUCCGUCCGAUCAUGCUGCAGGUGGUAGUGCUGUUCAGGUUGUCACUGUUGCUGCUGAUUCGACCAUGUUCGUGUGGGAUACCAGCCUGACCGCCAAAGCUACGGACAAGCACUUCGGCGAGGCGGCUGGCAUGAGCGACACUCGCAUUAAUACGAAAUCCAGCGCCAUGGGCGCACCCCUACGUAAAGUGAUCUCGCACUCUGAUCUUGCGCGCUUUCGGCGAGGCAGCUCAACGGAGGAUGGUGAGUUUGCAUCUCCGACGACGGCGCAAGCAUCCGCUCAAGCGUCUUCGCCGCAGCGCCUGCGCAAGAAAGCAUCGCGAUUGUCGAUAGCACAAACGCCAAGACUUGAGCCUGCAUUCAGAUCGAGCUUUGCUGAGCCUUCUCGGCGACAGAGUCUGCGGCAAAGGUCGCCGUCACCACCUAAGUCUGUCAGCCGGACUUUGCGCGCCUACCGUAAGAAGCUCGCUGGUGCGCAAGCGAGCGACUCCAUCACCCCUGAGGCUCUCCGUGAGCUCGAACGAGAGCUCAAGCUUACCGCGCGUGUGCUAAGCGAGAAGUCACAAGGCAAGACGGUUGAUGAAGCGAUGAUCGCACGUUUGCUAGACCAGGCCAGCGAGAAGAUUGUGGGUAUGCUGGAU